AUGAGUAAGAUAUCCAAAAUGUUCAAGGGGAGCUCUAGUUCGGGCUCGGGCUCCAGCUCCAGUUCGAAAUCAAAGCACCGAUCUCGGACUGGACCCUCCCCACAAGAGGCUAUUCACAGGCUUCGCGAAACCGAAGAAAUGCUUACGAAAAAGCAGGACUACUUGGAAAAGAAAAUUGAGCAGGAACUUAUGAUCGCGAAGAAAAAUGGCACCAAAAACAAAAGAGCUGCUCUACAGGCCCUGAAGAGGAAGAAACGCUUCGAGCAGCAGCUGACGCAGAUUGAUGGAACGCUGUCUACCAUCGAGUUUCAACGGGAGGCGCUAGAAAAUGCCAACACCAACACUGAAGUGCUGAAAAACAUGGGCUUUGCUGCAAAGGCUAUUAAAGGAGUACAUGAGAAGUUGGAUCUGGAUAAGAUUGACUCUCUCAUGCAGGACAUUACGGAUCAGCAGGAAGUGGCUCAGGAGAUCUCUGAUGCCAUCUCACGACCUUUUGGAGACCAGUUUGAUGAGGAUGAGCUGCUGGCAGAGUUGGCUGAGCUUGAACAGGAGGACCUGGAGGAGAGCAUGAAGAACAUGGGUAAACUACCCAGUGUACCAUCUGCCAAGCUACCAAGCACAAGACCAAGUCACCGUACUCAAUCAAAGAAGAGGGUAGAGGAUGACGCUGACAUGCAGAUGCUCGCUGCCUGGGCCACUUAA